UCCUAGCUCUGUCACCAGUCUGUGGUUGAGGAAGGCUUUUGCUUUUUAUGCUCUGUAUUUGGGAGGCAGAUAAGAUGCCAGGUCUGGGCUGCCUCUGGGGAUAACUUCACCCUGUAUGAUGUGAAUGAAUAGCAUCUUGCCUGGUAAAUUCACAGCAAUUGAUAAAGCAGGCGCAGCUCUCCCAAAAGAGGCCUUUUCUUUUUUAGCUCUGGCUGUGGUCUCUGCAGCAAUUUUGUUUUUGCCUUAAAAGAGGUGCUGUGGAUUAUCAGACCUCCAUGUAUGACAAUUUGUACCUGCAUGGAGUUGAAGACUCGGAGGCUGAAGAAUAAUGUGCUGUGUUACCCAAGAUGGUGUGAACAGAGCUUCAAGUCAAAUGGAGAAGACUAGGCCUAAAUAGCUGAGCCGGUGGAGUGCCAGAUAAAGCCACACCUGGAGUGCCACGUCCUCAGCAGUCCCUCUCAGUGCCAAUGCAUUUAUGGCUGGUUCAGCAGAUUCCUAUACAAGCAGGCCAUCGGAUUCCGAUGUCUCUCUGGAAGAGGACCGGGAAGCGAUUCGGCAAGAGAGAGAACAGCAAGCGGCUAUCCAGCUUGAGAGAGCGAAGUCCAAACCUGUGGCAUUUGCUGUGAAAACGAAUGUGAGCUACUGUGGUGCCCUGGAUGAGGAUGUGCCCGUUCCCAGCACAGCCAUCUCCUUUGACGCCAAGGACUUCCUUCACAUUAAAGAGAAAUAUAACAAUGACUGGUGGAUAGGAAGGCUGGUGAAAGAGGGCUGCGAGAUUGGCUUCAUCCCAAGUCCACUGCGGUUGGAGAACAUACGCAUCCAGCAAGAACAGAAAAGAGGCCGAUUCCAUGGCGGGAAAUCGAGUGGAAACUCAUCCUCCAGUUUGGGAGAAAUGGUGUCAGGAACAUUUCGUGCGACCCCCACGACAACAGCAAAACAGAAGCAGAAAGUGACGGAGCACAUUCCUCCUUAUGAUGUGGUGCCAUCAAUGCGUCCUGUGGUGUUAGUGGGGCCAUCUCUGAAAGGUUAUGAGGUAACAGACAUGAUGCAGAAAGCCCUCUUUGAUUUCCUGAAGCACAGGUUUGAUGGGAGGAUAUCAAUAACAAGAGUGACAGCUGACAUUUCUCUUGCUAAGAGGUCUGUCCUCAACAAUCCCAGCAAGAGAGCAAUAAUUGAACGUUCAAACACCAGAUCCAGCUUAGCGGAAGUACAGAGCGAAAUCGAAAGAAUUUUUGAAUUGGCAAGAUCUUUGCAACUGGUUGUUCUUGAUGCAGACACCAUCAAUCACCCAGCACAGCUCAUAAAAACGUCCUUAGCCCCCAUCAUUGUUCAUGUGAAAGUCUCGUCUCCAAAGGUUUUACAGCGGCUGAUUAAGUCCAGAGGAAAGUCUCAAAGCAAACACUUGAAUGUUCAACUGGUGGCAGCCGACAAACUGGCCCAGUGCCCGCCUGAAAUGUUUGAUGUUAUAUUAGAUGAGAACCAGCUUGAGGACGCAUGUGAACAUCUGGGCGAGUACUUGGAGGCAUACUGGCGUGCCACCCACACAAGCAGUAGCACCCCCAUGACCCCACUGCUGGGGCGGAACGUGGGCUCCACAGCCCUUUCACCAUAUCCCACAGCAAUCUCUGGAUUACAGAGUCAGCGGAUGAGGCACAGCAACCAUUCUGCAGAGAACUCUCCCAUUGAAAGACGAAGCCUAAUGACCUCUGAUGAAAAUUACCACAAUGAGAGGGCUCGUAAGAGUAGGAACCGAUUGUCUUCCAGCUCGCAGCACAGCCGAGAUCACUACCCUCUGGUGGAAGAAGAUUACCCUGACACAUACCAGGACACUUACAAACCCCAUAGGAACCGAGGCUCACCUGGGGGAUACAGCCAUGACUCCCGACAUAGGCUUUGAGGCUGCCGAAACAAACAAACAAAAAUACUCCUCUGUUGACAAUUUGCCAUAGCACUGCUAGGAUAAACCCAUCAUCGUAACUUGGCAAGUGUAGCACAGUAUCUGCUGUGCAGGUGGGCUUUUGUCAUUUGAUCUAAGGGGCAAGAAUUAAGUAGAAGUACAUAAUGCCCUUGAGUCUAGAUGGGUAUUAGAUGCCCAAUCAUAUAGGUAUUUUUAAGUGCUACAUUUACAUGAUAACAGUACCUUUUGUUUUCUUCAUAGAUUUUAGACACAUCAAUUUGUAAUUCAGGGUACUUAUCAAGGCACAUAUAAAAUAAUUUCCCAUGUAGGAAAUUCCAAAUGACCAGUUCCAGUUGGAACCAAUUUAUAAACCAAUUCCUGUUGGAAUUUGGGUGAAUUGACUGGAAAGUCUACUUGAGCAUGUUGAAAUCAAUUGAAAAAUCAGAAAAAAAACCCAAUAAGAAAAUCAAAUUACCAAUAGAAACCCAAAACCAGUUGUGCUAUUUAUUUGCUGGAAGGUAAAUUUACACUUCAAUUUGGAAUGUAUAAACAUUUUAAUAAUAUGUUAAUGUUGCCAGGAUGACCUUCCAAACUUACCAAAUGUAUUGAUAGUGCCCCCAAAUCUCAGAAAUUCUAAUGUAGAAAUUCUAUAAUCGCCUCAGAUUUUAAUAUUUUUAUUUUUCCUGACACAGCUGUUGUACUCCAAGUACUUUGCUUUUUGUUCAGUCAGUACUGUUAGCCAGUUCGAAGCUGACAAAAUAAAGGGGGAAAGGAGCUUAUCACCAAUGAGAAUGAUCAAGAGAACUGAAGCAUGGCUUGUUAUAGGAAAUAGAAAAUGAGGUGUCGUUCCUUCUGUUGUCAGUCUGCGUACAACUACACACAUCUGGAGAUCUGCAGUCAGAGAGCAGAGAUGAGGCCAGACAUUUUGGGUACAAAGGUAAUGGGCUCCAGAUGGGAAGCCAUCCAUCCCACUGCUCACCAACACUGGCUCAGGAGUUCCACUAGCACAGCUGGUGUCUCUCCCUAACUUCACCCAGUCUCUCUUUGAAUACAGAGAAGGUUGUAGCACUACACCACAGUUUUUAAUCAAACUAACAACUUUCUGUUUGCUUUUCAUGGACAUAAUACAAUUAGGUACUGAAAGUUAUGUUUUCACAAGAAAAUCUAAUUGGGAAAAGUUAAAACACUAUAUUAAAUUCUUGCAGGAAAAAAAACCCGACAGAGUGAGGCACUUGUAAUGCAGGGCCUUCCAGAGUUUGGAGACUGCUGUGUUUCAUUGCUAGUGGACAGUCUUUAGAUGGGACUGGUGACCCAUCUCCUAAAGAGUAAAAAGGACUUUAAUCCAAGAAAUGAUUGAAAUUGACUUUUAUACAAGAAACACGUGUCUUUAUAAAAAGACUUGUUUCUAAAAUGACACAAUGCAUGUGUUUUCUAAAACCCCAGUUGGAGCUAGACAUAAUGGUCUCUUUCUACUAAUAAAUGCCUUGAAGUCAAUUUUUGAAAACAAGGAUAAUUAAUUUUAUAUCGUUAUUUUUCUCCAAAAUGUCAAGACCUGGGCCCUCAAAACUAUGUACCAAUUCAUUAGUUUCCUAAUCUAGGGAAAAGUUUCAUAUUCUUGAUCAGUUUUUCCUAUCUUGAAGCCCAUCAACCUCAUGUCCCUCCCUCCCUCCCUUUGUCUCGACUGUAUGUGCAACCGUUAUGAACCUGCUUACCCGAUAAUGAGGCUGCCUGAAAUUUUGUAAGUCAUCUCAAACAUUUGAUACAUUUAAACAUGGGCUCAGUAAAAUGGACAAGCUGACAUAUAAUACUGGCUUGUGAAGCUCUUUGUCAUCUAGCGAAGCUUACAGAAUUUUCUGUUAAGACAUUUAAGAGAGCUUUAUUCAUUGGGCUCUUUAAUAACCAUAUAAUCUUCCAUUAUUGAAUACUUUGCUAGAGCACAGAAGAGCAUUUUCCAGCAAACAAACUAUAUUUAUUACAUGUAUAGCACAUAUUUGCAUGAGAAACAAAACAUUAGCCAAACAUUUUCCUGUCUGCUUUCCUGGUUUCUUGUUUGUGCGCAUUAAAGCAUUCAAUUGCAGAGAGUGCAGUGGGGUGUAUAAAUUUAGAAUAGACUGCUGUUCAGCUUUUUCUGCAGUAGCAUUAGCAAUUUGGUCAUUUAACUACUUUAAGAUAUUUAUAUUUUAUGGCGGGUAGCUGUAACAGUAUUAUACAUAUUUCCUAGUCAACAGGGGGACCGUUUCUUUCAACUUUGAAGAGUCACUUGUUUUUCAAGCCUCUCUAGCUUUUCUCUUUUUCCCCUUUUGCUCUUCCAUGUUAUGCGGAAAGAGGGAGGCCCAUUUAUUCUGUGCACAAAAGUCAUCUGUUAUUUGCCAUUCAAAGUCCAUACCUAUUUUGCUUUGCAGUUCUAUUCAAAAGCUAAUAAUGUUGGAAAGGGUAAAAUAUGUAUUUUUGAUGGAUGUAUUUACUAUUUUUCUUUAUUUUGACAUAUCCUUCAUCUUCCUCUUAUAAUAAGUUUUUUUCUUCCAAAUGAAGAAGAGAUAGACUCUUCUUUCUUUCUAAAGGUUGAGUUGCUUGUAUAAAUGUCUAAAAUCUAGAUAUAUACUAAACAAAAGUUUUAUUUCCGCCAAGCAUACCAGGAACCUCUAGGAAAAACAUAUUCCACAAAUACUAUGUUUGAUUCAUUUCACUCAAAAUGGAAAAUGAUGACAAGCAGGAGGAAUAUUUCUAUAUCGUUUGAGGCUGUUUUCACUUAUAGAAUAGUCCAUGUUAAAAUUCUGUGAUUUUUUAAUGAUGUGUAAUAAUGCAGAUUUGUCCAACAAUGUGGAAAUGUGCUCCUGGAAAAGGAAGAAAUGCAAUUUGUGGGUCCUUGUGCUUAUUUCCAAGGCUAUAAAGUCACUCCAAUAUCAUAAUCAACACUGUUGCCUUGUUCAUGCUAACACUUAACAACAUCGUGUAGUGGUGUUUGUAAAUGACUGAUGACUCACCCUCAUCUGUAUAUAGCUCUAAUGGGGAGAAGAUUUGGAUUGUUAUCAAUUACACUUAUGAUCUUUCCUAAAAAGAGUCUCGAUUGUGUGACUUUAUAAAUCAUUGCAUUUCAUUCUUAAUGGAAUGAAUUUUAAAGUCUGAAAUGAAUUGAGACAACUAUUAGUUCCGCUUUUAAAAAAUGUGUUACUUACGCCAACUAUUAUUGUUGUUUGCAAAAUGUAUUUUUAGAAUGUUAACCUCUUUUCAUACCUGCAUACUUGAACUUGUCUUUUGUGUGGGGGCCUUACAUUUCAUAAUAGAGAAUGGGGGGAGUAAAAAGGGAAUGAAGACAAGGAAAUUGUGGCAAAAGAUAGCUCACAAUCUUCAGAUCUUUAAACGAACAUAUCCCAAAAUAUAGAGACACAGUAUGUCAGUUAAGAAUGUUUUCUAGGCAACCUUAAUUUGCAAGCUUGUAUAUUUUCUUAUAUAAUUUUAUUUUGAUAUUUGCUAAAAAACAACAACAAAAGAACACAAUACCACCAUACAAAUUGCCCUCUCUAAUGAUAUAUAUAUACUACCUCUUCUCUAGAGAAAACAGUCGUCUUUAAAGGGAAAAGUCCUGGUCCUAGAGUGUCUGUUCUGCCAACAUUGCUGCAGUUAAGUGCUUAAAAGUGUUAAAUAUGCCUGCCCUUUAGAUGUUACAUGGUUUUCAAAUGCGCUAACCACGAUUUCAUUUCUUCCAUAUUAGUAAGGUUUUCUUGGAAUUGACUCAUGGCUUAUCAUGAAGUGAGUUUAAUUUAAUAAGAAGCCAUCCUAGGGAACAAAGCAAACUGAAAGGAACUACCUCUGUGUGAAAAGUGUCACCUAUAGCUCAAGGUCUGAGGAAGAGAAAUCCAGAGACUUGCUGUUUAAACGCAGAGUGGUUUGAUCCUUGACUUGUAUGGGCACCGAGGGUAUGCUGUAGGCAAUUACUGGGUAUGCAUCUGCAUUGUCUAGAACUCUUAUGUAAUUGGAACAAAGUUCAUUUCAAUGUUUCAAAUAAAUGCUUAUGUAACCUUUA